AUGAUUUCGGUGGACAUUCGCACAGCCAUUAUAUCCAUAAUAAUUGGAUAUAUUGUGUAUAAAUUGGCCAAAUUUUAUACCCGUGUGUAUCAACUGCCGCCCGGACCCAUACCCGUGCCCUUUCUCGGCAGUAUUUUUCAUCUAAAAGGAACUAAAGACCACUGGACUGACGAGUUUAAUAAAUAUACUCAAAAAUAUGGGAAUAUAUUUACCUUCUGGUUGUCCGGCGAUCCAAUUGUGGUCAUUAAUGACAUCGAUUUGGGAAAAGAGUUGUUUCGUAAAAAUGAUGUUGCUAGUCGGUGGCAAAUCUAUUUUUUGGGCGCCGAUUACGGCCAUACGUGGGAAGCGCUCAGACGUGUCGGACAUUCAGCCGUUCAGAAAUACUCUGCGAGUGAUAAACUAGUAUUACUGGCAAAGGAUUGUGUGGAGCAGACGGUAAAGUUGAUGGUCGACAACGAGGGACUCAAUAAGCCAUUCGUUGCCACCAAUUAUGUCUAUCAAAUGUUUUUCAAUAUUCUGUCCACCAGUGCUUUUGGCAAAAGUUACGAAAUGAAUAACAAAGAGUAUAAACAACUCAAAUAUGUUAUGAAAGAUUUUAUACGUGAAAAUAGUAUGAAGUUUAUGAUUUUACAAGUGCUACCAGUGGCCCGGUAUGCGUUCAAAGGCAUGGCUGACAAACAGGAAAGGAUUAUGAAUGAAAUGGUAGAUAUGCUGAAGAAUAAGUUUGUCAAACACUACGAGGACUUUGACGAGUCCUCUCAACGAGACUUUUGCGAUGCACUCAUCAGUGCUAAGAAUGACGCCCUCAGAGACGGCAAAGAGUCGGCCCCUUAUCUCACGGACGAUAACUUAGCGCUAACUAUAUUUGAUCUGUUCUUCGCCGGAACCGAUACGUCUCAGCAGACAUUUCAAUGGCUUUUGUUAUUCCUCUGCUAUUAUCCGGAAAUUCAAAAAAAGUUAAGACAAGAGAUUGAGUCCCAAAUCGGAGACCGAAUGCCAACACAUGAGGACAGGAAUCGAUGCCAUUAUGUCAUGGCUUUCAUCGCAGAGGCUAUGAGAUUCCGGAAUGUGGUUCCCAUGAGUCCAUUGCAUAAAACUGUUGUCCAGACAAAAAUAGGUGAUUAUACUGUGCCAAAGGAUACGGCCGUCACUUUAUAUCAUCACAAUAUACUAAACAAUCCAAAAUAUUGGGAAAAUCCCAAUCAGUUAAUACCGGAGCGAUUUCUAGACAGUGACGGCCAAUACAUGACAUCUCAUAAUAAGGCAUUCAUACCCUUCGGUGUGGGCCGUCGGGUCUGUUUGGGCGAGAAGUUAGCCAUCGCUGACCUGUUCUUGGUUUUGGUCUCAUUUCUUCAAUCGACACAACAAUACGAUAUAGUUUUGGCCAAACACUUGGGUAUAGACCCCGACCCUAAUAUUGCUGACACUAUAAAUCCCAAACCAUACCAAAUUAAACUUGUUCAAAAAUCACGACAGACUACUCGAGGUUGAAAUAUAUUUCAUAACUUU